GGUGGGGGGGUCCCUCAAGAAGCCCAGCCCGGGGAGUCCGAGGGAGACACGGCGGGCGGCAGGGCGAGAGAUCGCAGUCCCUUCACGCGGCACCCGGGAGUCUGGACUCUUCUUCGAGCGGCGCGACGUCUUCUCGCAGCAAGUGACACAGGGCUUUCUCCACCAUGACUCUGCCGAAGCACGCCGAGGUGAACGCGUGCGAGCAGGACCGCCACCCCAAGCAGCCAGAGCGCAUCCUGGGGUCCUGGCGUCAUCGCAGGAGAGGGAUUUGCUACUGCAAAAACUCCUUGCUCACGUUCACCAUCGCUGGAGUGAUCAUGGGGGUGCUGCUUGGAGUUGUGUUCCGUCGAGCCGGCCAGCUGCAGCCGAACACCAUCCUCAUCAUCUCCUUCCCCGGGGAAAUUCUCAUGCGAAUGCUCAAGAUGCUCAUCCUGCCGCUCAUCAUCUCCAGCCUCAUCACAGGCUUGUCCGGCCUGGACGCGCAGUCGAGCGGCCGUAUGGGCUGCCGGGCCCUAGUCUACUACAUGGCCACGUCCGUGACGGCCGCCAUCCUGGGCAUCGUCCUGGUGCUCGCCAUCCACCCGGGAGACCCCAGCUUGAAACCGGACAAAGGGCCCGAGGAGGAACUCCAAGCGGUGUCGAGUCUCGACGCGAUCUUAGACCUCAUUCGAAACGUAUUCCCGGAAAACCUCGUGCAGGCGUGCAUGCAACAGAUCCACACGGUGACCACGACGGUGGUGGUGCGCCCUACGCUGGCCGGAGACGUUGCCAACCUGAGUUCAAGCCAAGCUCUCGCCAUGGACCUCCCUGACUCCACGCCGGCUCCCGCGUACAACUCAAGCAACUCCAGCGAGGCGGACGGCCUCCAGCUCCUCACCACCAAGACUUUGGUCUACAUGGACGGCAUGAACGUUCAGGGCUUGGUCUGCUUUGUCAUCGCCUUCGGAGUGGUGUUGGGCAAGAUGGGAGACGAGGCCACGCCGAUGCUCAAGUUCUUCAGCAUCCUCAACGAGAUUGUCAUGCGGCUCAUCAUCAUCGUCAUCUGGUACUCUCCCAUCGGCAUCGCCUCGCUCAUCUGCGGGAAGAUCGCCGAGCUCAGCGACCUGCACGUGGUGAUGCGCCAGCUGGGCAUGUACAUGCUCACGGUCAUCGUGGGGCUCCUCAUCCACGGCGCCGUCAUCCUGCCGCUCGUCUACUUCGUCAUCACGCGCAAGAACCCCCUCAAGUUCUUCGUGGGGAUCUUCCAGGCGUGGCUCAUGGCCCUGGGCACCGCCUCCUGCGCGGGAACCCUUCCCGUCACGUUCCGCUGCCUGGAGGAGAACUUGAAGAUCGACAAGCGGGUGACCCGCUUCGUGCUGCCCGUGGGUGCCACCAUCAACAUGGACGGCACGGCACUCUACGAGGCCGUGGCCGCGAUCUUCAUCGCGCAGAUGAACGGCGUGGUGCUCGACGGGGGACAGAUCGUGGUCGUCAGCAUGACGGCCACACUGGCGAGCGUGGGUGCCGCUAGCAUCCCGAGUUCCGGCCUGGUCACCAUGCUCAUCAUCCUUACGGCCGUGGGACUCCCAACGUCUGACAUCAGUCUGCUGGUGGCCGUCGACUGGUUCCUGGACCGACUGCGCACGUCCGUGAACCUGCUGGGAGACGCGUUCGGAGCCGGCAUCGUGCACCACCUCUCGCUCGCCGAGCUGCAGGCGAUGGACGCGGGGCGCGGGGAGGAAGGGCGCGGCAGGCUGCACCAGGAGGCCGGGGAAGAGGAGGGGGAGGAGGGGGCCGAGCUCGUGCCGCUCAAGGGCGGCGGCUCGAGGAGUGGAGGCGAAGUCGGUGGCGAGAGUGGCCUGGGGAGGAACGGCAGCGGCGCGGCGGAGUUCGCGAUCGGUGCGGAGGAGCCGUGGCGAGUCGAGAGCUGAGGGUCGCGUGCGGGAGAGAGUGCGGGAGAGAGUGGGGG